AUGUGGCUGGAUACCAAAUUGAAUUUUGCGGACCAUAUUAAUAAAACCAUUACCAAGGCCGAGAAAACUGUCACCGCUUUAGCCUUAGUCAUGCCAAAUGUAGGAGGUGCUAGAGCAUCCAAAAGAAGAGUACUUGCUAGUGUUGUACACUCGCAGCUGUUGUAUGCUGCACCGGUAUGGCAUAAAGUCACAAACGGUCGCAAUCUAAUGCAAAGACUACGCAGAAUACAACGCAUUAUGUCUAUUAGGGUAUGCAGCACAUAUAAAACUGUAUCUGGAGAUGCUAUAGGAGUUAUAGCUGAAAUAGCUCCUAUUGAUCUGCUCAUACAGGAACGAUAUGAUAGAUACCAUGGGAUGGAUAAAAAAUCUGGCAAGGACAAAACUUCUCAAACAGUGGCAAGAGAAAUGGAAUAA